ACCUUUUCACUUCUUUUCUCCAAAAAUUUCAGAGGGAGUCCUAGGGAAUUCAGAGGAGCAUUUACUCCAUAUGGUCCAGAUUCAAACAGACGUGUACAUGAUCCCCAAAUUGAACAGAUUUGAAGCGUCAAAAGCAGUGUCGGAGAUGCUGACGUGAAGGCGGGUGUAGCUGAACAAACGGCAGUUUUAAAAUUAUAGGGCUUCACAGUUCAUACAUAUCUGUUUAUUUGUUUUCUAAUAGUGGUAUACUAUUUAUGUAUCGUAUGUAUAUUUAUCAAUCUUAACCUUUUUUUUUCCUUGGAACCAAACACAACUAUUUUUUUCCCCUUAAAAAAAUUUCUCACUUGCCUUUGGGUAAACCCUAGUUAGUGCCUGCCUGUGUGUCAAGAGAUCGAUCUACUCCCAAUCCUAGCACAGCCAAGUUCGUUGGAUCGCUGAAGCUAUAUGCUUAUAGCUGAUUAUUUCACAUGAUUAUUUCACUUCCUUGAUUAUCUCUAUCUGCUCUUUCCGCCAAAAAAAAAAAAAAGGUCAUCUCUGUACUGAUCAGUACUAGAGAUUUUGUAGUUCAUAGCGGAGAAAGAUGAGUGGCGCUGUGUUUGUGGCUGUUGCUGCUGCAGUCGGCAACUUAUUGCAAGGAUGGGAUAACGCCACUAUUGCUGGAGCUGUUCUAUACAUAAAGAAGGAAUUCAACUUGGAAAGUGAACCCACUAUAGAAGGACUAAUUGUGGCCAUGUCACUUAUUGGUGCCACAGUGAUUACUACAUUCUCUGGUGGAGUGUCCGAUUGGCUCGGUCGCCGUCCUAUGCUCAUAAUCUCAUCCGUUCUUUAUUUUGCUAGUGGUCUUAUAAUGUUGUGGUCCCCCAAUGUUUACGUCCUACUUUUGGCCAGGCUUUUAGAUGGGUUCGGAAUUGGUUUGGCUGUUACUCUUGUUCCAGUUUAUAUUUCUGAGACGGCACCUCCUGAAAUAAGGGGUUUAUUAAAUACUUUACCUCAGUUCACUGGUUCCAUUGGAAUGUUUUUGUCAUAUUGCAUGGUUUUUGGGAUGUCAUUGAUGAAUUCACCAAGCUGGAGAUUGAUGCUUGGGGUUCUUUUUAUCCCUUCCAUCAUUUAUUUUGCAUUAACAGUAUUUUACUUGCCUGAGUCUCCAAGGUGGCUCGUGAGCAAAGGGCGCAUGCUUGAGGCCAAGCACGUUUUGCAGAGACUCCGUGGCAGGGAAGAUGUCUCUGGUGAGAUGGCUUUGCUGGUUGAAGGACUUGGAGUUGGGGGUGAAACAUCUUUCGAGGAGUACAUAAUUGGCCCAGCCGAUGAACUGAACAAUGACCUGGAACUAACUGGUGAAAAUGAUGAAAUCAAAUUAUAUGGGCCCGAAGAAGGUGUCUCAUGGGUUGCCCGACCUGUUACUGGGCAGAGUACUCUUGGUUUGGUGUCUCGCCAAGGAAGCCUUGCAAACCAAAAUAUACCCCUCAUGGACCCUCUUGUCACCCUUUUUGGCAGCGUCCAUGAGAAGCUUCCCGAGACAGGUAGCAUGAGAAGCAUGCUUUUUCCACACUUUGGCAGCAUGUUCAGUGUGGCAGGAAAUCAACCUAAAAAUGAAGAGUGGGAUGAUGAGAGCGUUGGCAGAGAUGGUGAGGAUUACACAUCUGAUGCCCCUGUUGAUGAUUCUGAUGACAAUUUGCACUCUCCAUUGAUCUCACGUCAGACAACAAGUUUGGAGAAAGACUUGGUCCCACCUACUUCCCACGGCAGUGUUUUAAGCACGAGGACUGGUAGUCUCGUGCAAGGGAACACGGGGGAACCACUCAACAGCGCAGGAAUUGGUGGUGGUUGGCAGCUGGCAUGGAAAUGGACUGAGCGAGAAGGUGAAGAUGGCAAGAAGGAAGGAGGAUUUAAGAGAAUUUAUUUGCACCAGGAAGGCGUUCCUGGAUCUCAGCGUGGGUCUAUAGUUUCUCUUCCUGGUGGUGAUCUCCAUGCAGAGGGUGAAUUCAUACAGGCUGCCGCUUUAGUGAGUCAACCAGCUCUUUAUUCUAAGGAGCUUAUGAAUCAGCAUCCAGUUGGGCCAGCUAUGGUUCACCCAUCUGAAACUGUUGUGAAAGGGCCAAGCUGGACUGAUCUUUUUGAACCGGGUGUCAAGCAUGCAUUGGCGGUAGGGGUGGGGAUUCAAAUACUUCAGCAGUUCUCUGGCAUAAAUGGGGUUCUCUACUACACACCUCAAAUUCUGGAGCAAGCAGGCGUUGGGGUUCUUCUGUCAAAUAUGGGCAUUAGUUCAGUAUCUGCAUCUCUUCUUAUCAGUGCCAUCACAACCUUGCUGAUGCUUCCUUGUAUAGCUGUUGCCAUGAGGCUCAUGGAUAUUUCUGGAAGGAGGAGUUUGCUUCUUAGCACAAUCCCUGUCUUGAUAGCAGCACUGGUCAUUCUAGUCAUUGGAAGUGUAGUGAAUUUGGGCACUGUUGCAAAUGCAGCCAUCUCGACCGGCAGUGUUGUGGUCUACUUCUGUUGCUUUGUCAUGGGAUUUGGCCCAGUUCCGAACAUACUCUGCGCGGAGAUCUUCCCCACCCGGGUUCGUGGCCUCUGCAUUGCUAUCUGUGCUCUCGCAUUUUGGAUCGGUGACAUAAUUGUUACCUACACACUUCCUGUGAUGCUCAACUCUGUUGGCCUAGCUGGUGUUUUUGGCAUGUACGCUGUUGUGUGCAUUAUAUCAUGGGUUUUUGUUUUCUUGAAGGUUCCAGAAACCAAGGGCAUGCCCCUUGAAGUGAUUAGUGAGUUCUUCUCUGUUGGUGCAAAGCAGGUUGCUGCUUCCAAGAACAACUGACUUGGUUUUUGAUGAACUGAAAGGGUCCACGGAUGGUUUGAGUUUUUCAUUUUCAUUAUUUUAUUUUAUUUUUAUGUUCUUUUGAGGUGUUUGGAAACAGGUUUGUAGUCUAUAGAAAGAAAAAUAUUUGCUUUCUUCCAAUUUGUGCACUUGAGAGUUUUACUUCAAAAGUGGAAUCUUUAAGGUUAAGGAGACUUUUAAAAGAA